CUUGUUUCUGGGCACAUUUAGGCUGGCUCUUCUAAGCGUCCUCUUGUGCAUCCUCUGUGACCGUUUGCUCCCGCCCAGAGACCCUUGGUUGUGUUGCCAAUCUCUCCCAGAGCCUGUCGUUCGACCGUGUCUAUCUGUGGACUGGCUGCACUUUCCCCAACUCAACUGUCGCGACUCGCCAGAAGCAAAGUCAUUGCCAUUUCGCUUCAUCUCUGGCGCGUGCUCUUGCAUCUUGUUGUCCGGGUGGAGGGCCGUGAGCGUCUCUCUGCUCGCUUUCGGCAUUAAUCUCGCUGGUAGCUUUCAGUCUGAUAGUGUCGUCUAUUCUCCCUCGACCUCCCCGGAGCGAUUCAUUAUAGAAUUCCUCUCCGUAUUUUGCACUUACGGACUUUUCCCUCUGGCUUUGUUAACCUUAUGUUGCAUUAAGCGCUACUAGAACCCGGGAGUUGGAUUGGAGUCGGCGGUUUAAAGGAGGCUAACUAAUUAAUCAUCCGGGUCGUUCACAGAACCAAAAAAAAUCUCUACCCUCGUUCGACGGCCAACGUUGUUCGGCAACGUUGGAAUUGCUGCAUGCCCUCAGAUACCCAUGGGAAUGCUAACAGUCCUUCCGGUUCAGACGGCGUCUCACCGAUAGCGUCGGAGAAGAAGCAGCCUUGCACCAUGGCGUGGAAGUCGCCCGCCGCCGCAGCUUCCUCAGAAGCACCGGCUCGCCCUCCCCUGUCCUCGCAACAGUCGAACUCCCUCCCAUCAACCCCUUACCAACAUCCUCGCAAGCUCUCCUUUCACUGCAGAUCCCCGUCUCCUCAACGAGGAAGCAAUUCCCCCCGGUCCACCCAUUCCGAGUCCACGCACAUCCCUCCGUCGUUACGCAUCCCCUUAGGAGGUUGCAAAUACGAAACAAGUAUGGCGUAUUUUCGGAGAAGAAUGCCCUAUACUCUCGGGGCGGAUCUCUUGCCGGAAGAAAAAGAUGGCCUAAAGGAACGACUCUCCCCGGAGGAGGAAGAGAAGCUUACGGCGGAUAUCCUUGAGUUGUAUGACCAGCUGUUACCAUCAGCAGAGAGUGAUGACCGACGGCGACAACUCGUUCGCAAGUUAGAGAAACUCUUCAAUGACGAGUGGCCUGGUCGCGAUAUAAAGGCUCAUGUGUUUGGGUCCUCGGGGAAUAAGCUCUGCUCGAGCGAUUCGGAUGUGGAUAUCUGUAUAACCACAACGUACAAAGAGUUAGAACAUGUGUGCUUGCUGGCUGACGUGCUUGCUAAACAUGGAAUGGAACGGGUGGUUUGUGUGUCGCACGCAAAAGUCCCAAUUGUAAAGAUCUGGGAUCCCGAGCUCCGACUAGCCUGCGAUAUGAACGUCAAUAAUACACUGGCAUUGGAAAAUACCCGUAUGGUCAGAACGUAUGUCGAGGUCGAUGAGCGGGUGCGUCCUUUGGCCAUGACUGUGAAGUAUUGGACAAAACGGCGGGUACUCAAUGAUGCUGCAUUGGGUGGCACGUUAAGCUCCUACACCUGGAUCUGUCUGAUCAUCAAUUUCCUCCAAACGAGAAGCCCUCCGAUUCUCCCGAGCCUUCAGGCCCGUCCCCACAAAAAACGGGUGACGAAUGAUGGCCUGGUUUGCUCCUUCGAUGAUAACCUGGAGUCGUUGGCUGGUUUCGGUCGGAAGAAUAAGCAGUCUUUGGGUGACCUGCUUUUCCAAUUUUUUAGGUACUACGGCCAUGAAGUGGAUUACGAGAAGAGUGUCAUCUCGGUCCGUGAAGGCAGGUUGAUAUCAAAGGAAGAAAAGGGUUGGCACCUGCUGCAGAACAACCGCCUCUGCGUUGAAGAGGCAUUCAAUACAUCGAGGAAUCUCGGGAAUACCGCAGAUGACACGUCGUUUCGAGGUCUUCAUAUGGAGCUUCGCAGGGCUUUCAAAGCAAUCUCAAAAGGCAGUCUCGAGGAAUGUUGCACGCAAUACGAGUUUCCUGCCGAAGAAGAACGGUCUUGGGAACGGCCGGCGCCACAACCGCGUGCCGUUAUCACUGCCGUUCCGCCACAAUAUGGUACUCGUGGCCGGGGCGGCGGUCGUGGAGGCCGUCCGUUCACCCGCGGUGGGCAUUCUGGUCGCCGAGUAUCGAAUCCCGCGGGCAAGUCGGCCAAUUCGCGUCACUCAAAUAUUCCCACGGGUUCCCCCGAAUUGCCCUUUCAGUCCCAGCAUGCACAGUAUCUGCUACAUGACCAUCUCUUCCAACAGAUCCAGAUCCUUCAAGCCCAGGAGCAGGAACUGCGACUGCAGCUCCAGAACCAGGCAUUUCUAACUGGGAGGUCACCCGUACUAGUUCGUCAGCCAUUUGUUCCAUAUACCAUUCCACAGCCAGAAGCGACAGGCGAUGAAAAUUCCCGUUCGAGGUCUGGGACAGUGAACCAUCCGCCGCUCACGGCACCACGCCAAAACGUUUACUAUGGUCCCGCAUACUUCCCGGUUGCUGUUCAGGGAGUACAGGGAAGUAGCACCAAUCCUCCCUCACCAUCGGCGGCGCCUGCGCCGCCUGAUUUUCGACGCAAUCGUCGGUCAUCAGUCGCAAAUGGCUCACCGGGGGGUUCGCUGAGGGCACAAUCGCAACCUGCACGCUCGUUGCACUCCCAACCCCUCCAGGGAUUUGUUCCCUUUUAUGCCGUGCCUGAACCUGUUGACAGUUCACCAAGUUCAAAACACAAACCUGUUCCUGGAUCCCCUCCGGAAGGAUCGCAGAGCGACGAGGAGCAUGCUUCGACACAGAACAAUCCGCCCACUGGGUCUCGAUCCCCGUACCUGGACGAAAAUCGGCCAGCCGAAUACGUCGGGUACUACUUAAGCAGCUCUCCACAACUGCAGGCUUUUCAUCAAAAUCCCAUACUGACACCCAUGUCGGCGCCGGUUGGAUACUCUCUGCAGACCGGCUUCUAUCCUUACUUUGGGCAUCUCCAGGACUACCGGCCAGUGGCACUAUCAUCUAAUGAGAUGACGGCCACUUCCUCUGAUCAAGGGUCUACUCUCAACGUCAAAAACGGAUCGUCUCAACAACGCGCGUCGACUCGGCCGGUGCAGCCCUCAGAUCGGGGCCCUCUGAUUGUUGACGGGUCUGUGCCUCUGAGCGAGCAACGCAGUCAACCCCAUAGAGAAACCUUUGAUCAUUAUGUUAAUAUGAACCACGGUACUUCUAACCCAGAAGACUCUAAUAUCAAUGUGUCUGUCAGUUCAGAUUCCAUAUCUCCGGAUCUGCAGGAUAACACUUCCCUGGAGAAUGAGCGCCCUGUCUUCAUUCCUCGACAACCGUUGGAGUCCCACAGGCCGAAUGUCGAAGGCGAGGCGCGUACAUAUGGGAUAAAUGGAGGUAAUAGCCUGCUUUCCAACAAAAUGCAAAGCCUACACGUCUCGAAAUCCGAGCAGUCGAGCGAAUCUCCGUCGCGAGCCAGGCCAGAAAAGAUGAGGCAGAUUCCUUUUAGCAAUGAGGGGUUGGAUAAAACUGCACCUCGUCUACGGCCGGUCACGUCCGUCGUUGACAGGGCAACGACUAAGGGGCCAUCUCCAAGCGCGAAACGUCGGACGAAUGGCAUGGAUACUGAUAAAGCCAAUGGAUCUGGCCAGAACAAGGCUAAGCCGAGAGGCUGUCACGAACUCUGCAAUAUAGAUGCGACACCUGCCGACAGUAGGCAGCGGCAUACUGAUCAGUCACCACGGAAACAGAACAAUAUUAACUCCACAAACACAGCGUAUGUGUCUGGUGCUGCGCACAACACCGGUGGCUGGCAAACCACAAAGAAGAAGCAUAGGAGGAACGCAAAGUCGUUGGUGGAGACCCGUCUCAGUGCUGCUGAACCUUUGCCUGUCGAUGAAUCGCUAAGAAAGGGUGGCUGA